UUGGCUCAGGCUGCCUCUCGGCGACAUUCUGCUUCAACUUGCCUGAGAGGCAGCACGGUUCUCGUACACUCUGCUCACACUGAGGGAAAGUUCUCUCCUGUCCGCUUCCGUUGGCUCCUGAGYUGAAUCAUCUUCCGUCUGUGGACGGCAACUUGAGGAUAUUUUCACAUUUGGACAAAUGAUAGCAGUUUUGCAGCCUAGAGGGGAAUGAUGCUCUUCUUACGCAGGCAUGUCUGAAGCUUUCUGGGCUCCAUCCUUCCCUCCAUCCUCUCCCUCUGCCCCAGAGACUGAUUCCUUCUGGCAUGUGAGGGWCAAGUCAGCAGGUUUUCUUCUCUUCAAAUGUGUUUUGAUCCAGUUCCUUAGUGCCACACUUGACCCACGAGCUUCUCAGGSAAAACAAAGGGAUUAACGAUGAACUUUUCUCCCACUGAGAGACAACAUCUGACUUACCAGAAGCCUGUGAGAUCGGAUCUAAGUCAACAGUGAAUAACCUUGCUGGAAAAGAUCUAAUUUAAACACGCUUGUGAUGAAUGGAUGCCAGUAGAAAACAUAAAAGACCAUGGAAGGAGAAAAUGUACUCAACUCCACAAUGAACACCACCGCGAUGGAUGUUCAUCUGGUCACUCACAGUCUCUGGGAGGUAAUCACCAUCGCCACUGUGUCAGCUAUAGUCAGCCUCAUUACCAUCGUGGGAAACGUUCUUGUGAUGCUCUCCUUUAAAGUCAACAGCCAACUGAAGACGGUGAACAAUUAUUACCUGCUGAGUCUGGCAGCUGCUGACCUCAUCAUAGGUGUUUUCUCUAUGAAUCUGUACACCUCUUACAUACUGAUGGGCUACUGGGCCUUAGGGAACCUUGCCUGCGACCUGUGGUUGGCCCUGGACUAUGUAGCCAGCAACGCCUCAGUCAUGAACCUGCUGGUGAUCAGUUUUGAUAGAUAUUUCUCCAUCACGAGGCCUCUGACUUACAGGGCCAAACGGACUCCCAAACGGGCUGGAAUCAUGAUAGGUUUGGCUUGGCUGGUGUCCCUGAUCCUGUGGGCGCCGCCAAUUCUUUGCUGGCAAUACUUUGUUGGAAAAAGGACAGUUCCUGAGAGGCAAUGCCAGAUCCAGUUUUUCUCAGAGCCUGUGAUCACAUUUGGAACAGCGAUAGCUGCCUUUUACAUCCCUGUGUCCGUUAUGACAAUCCUCUACUGUCGAAUCUACAAGGAGACUGAGAARAGGACCAAGGAUCUGGCAGAACUUCAAGGGGUCAACUAUUCGACGGACUCUGGUGAGAUUCAACCACAGAAAACUAUCAUCAGAUCCUGCUUCAGUUGUAAGCUAAGGUCAGCGUCACAUGAUCAGAACCAAGCCUCCUGGUCAUCGUCCAGCAGGAGCAAUGCCAAAUCAGCCACCUCCACCAGUGAUGAGUGGUCCAAAGCCGGUCAGCUGACCACCUUCAACAGCUAUGCCUCCUCUGAGGACGAGGAAAGGCCGGUGUCUCCAGGAGGCCUCAAGACCUCCUUCAGGAACCGGGCUUGUGACGCCAGCAAAAACAARGUGGGCAACGAGAGCGAGCAUCUCAGCAGCUAUGACGAAGACACCUUCUUCCAGUCGCCACCGAAAAACAGCUCUCAGAGGAGCAGCAAGUGCGUGUCCUACAAAUUCAAACCUGUGGCCAAAGAUGCUCACGUGGAACACCAAAGCAAGAACGGCGACACCAAAAUGAUGUCAUCAGCGUUCUCCUCAGCCGAAUCCAUGAGUGCUCCAUCCACCUCCUCGACGUCCAAAACCAUGGACACUUCCCUGAAGAACCAGAUCACCAAGAGAAAGAGAAUGGUGCUGAUCAAGGAAAAGAAAGCAGCGCAGACUCUCAGCGCCAUCUUGCUGGCUUUCAUCCUAACGUGGACCCCUUACAACAUUAUGGUGCUGAUUUCAACCUUCUGCUCGGACUGCAUCCCCCUUUCCCUUUGGCACCUGGGCUACUGGCUGUGCUAUGUCAACAGCACGGUCAACCCCAUGUGCUAUGCUCUUUGCAACAAGAAUUUCCAAAAGACUUUCCGCAUGCUGCUGCUCUGCCAGUGGAAGAAGAAAAGAAUUGAGGAGAAGCUGUACUGGUACGGACAGAACCCUGCAGUUAGCUCCAAGCUGACAUGAACUAGUGUUUAUAAAUGACUGAACCGAACUGAGAUCCUACGUCUUACAGUGUUGCUCCUAAAUCAGUAGUUCUGUUGUAGUUUAAAAUAAAUUGCUGCUAAAUCUCGCAAAAGUAGAAAUAUACACUUUCUUUAUACAAUAUAAUAUCUGACAUUGUACAUAGGUUUGGAAAUAGUUCAAAGUACCAGUAUUUCAGAUCUAAUUUAGGCAUUGCGUGCGUAUUCCCACUAAUUAUUAUUGUACCACAUUUGUAUUCAAACCUCUACUCUUACGUCCCUAAUGUGAUAGCAAAUUCAGAUCAGUUUCUUUUUUGAGUUUUCAAAAUGUUCUAUUUUGAAGGGCUAAAAUUGUCCAUGUCAUCCUWUAGCUUUGUAGUUGAAGAGUUAUACUUGAUGAUCACUGAAGCCUUUAUCAAUGACUGUCUAACAGUUAGAUUGCUUACAGUCAUUGUGAUGAUGCAUCAGCUUUCAACAGUACAAGGAAGAACCUUUAAAUCACUCUAACUUGUCUAUGUUUACACCAGGAGGAUAAUUGGAGGAUUUAACUGUAUUUUUGCAAAAACCUCUCCAUUACUUUUCACUCUCAGGAUACAUUUUUUCUUGUGUAUCAAAAAAAAAGUAUUUGUUUUCUCUGAAAUACUGUUAAAUAUGUCAUCAUAUCUUCUGGCAAAUUUGUAACAUAAUGUGAGAUUGUUUUUUCUUCCUGUAAGUAUAAGCUAACAUGUUGUGAACACUUUUAUUGGGUAACUGUGAAAAACGAGAAGACGUCCAAUCUGAGGAYGGUGGAGAUGUUUGGGUAUACUGACAGUUUUAUAUUGCUUUUCAAGCUUGUGAAAACUUUUUUUUUUCAUUAUUUUGUGGUCAUGUACAAUAAUUUCAGAAUAAAAUGUGAUGAAUUGGAA